CUGGAGACAGGACACUGACACACUAGCAGUCAUGGCGGUGGGCAUCAGUCUCUGCGUGUUGGCAGCUCUGGUCCUGACAGUGAGAGAAUAAACUCAGCUGUUCCUGUGGGUCUCCUCUGCUGGGCAGUGGAUCUCCAAGGAAAGAGACAACUAUGGGCAACAAGAAGUGAUCAAAACACCCAGAUAAAGUUGUGGAAAGGCGCAGACCAGGAGAUGGAUAGAAAAGAUUUCACUUUGUAAAGGAAGAAUCAAUUAUGACUUAAUGUAUCUUCAUUGUUAUUUUAGAAAGAGUGUGUGAACUCUGUAGGCACUGUACCUGAUGAACUGCAAGUGAACACUGAAACAUACAUUCCUCUGAAGCACCACAGCGAAUGAGAGCUUCCUGAUUGUCUGUGCUGUUAGACCACAUUUUUGCACAGAUAAUACAUUUGAGCUGUCCUACAGCUAACUCACGCACUGUAAUUACUGUUGUUGACUAAAAAUGUACAGAAUUUAUUCAGUUUUUUACUUGAUGGAAUGUGGAAGAGUGAGAUCAAGGUAAAAGGGAAGUGAGGUACAUCCCAGUGCAAAUAUAGUAAAAGUACACUCCUCUCUCAGUGUCUGCUGUCCUCUUCUGAAUGUUUGACUGAUUGUUUAUGUGUUAUAAAGAGGAGGGAGGGAGACAAGGCGUGUCUCUCCAGGUGUGUAGAGAGACUGGAAGAAAGAGAGAACAGAUGAGGGAGGGAGGGACAGGAGGCAUGUCUCUCCAGGUGUGUAUAUCAGAGCAGGAGACCGACAGAGGGAGAGAGGAGAGAAAGGAGAAGCUGCAGACAGGACUCUGACACACUAGCAGUCAUGGCGGUGGGCAUCAGUCUCUGCGUGUUGGCGGCUCUGGUCCUGACAGUGAGAGCCUGCGGCCAGGCGCCCCUGAGUCCCAGUGUUCUGCAGGGAAACUCUGCCAAGGAGGGGUCCUGGCCCUGGCAGGCCAGCCUGCACUGGAAAGGUCAAUACUUGUGUGGAGGCUCACUGAUCAACAGCAACUGGGUGCUGACAGCUGCAAUUUGCUUCAAUGGUACCAUUGCCAGUCAGUGGACAGUGUACCUGGGAAGACAGACACAGCUGGGCAUGAAUCCUCACGAAGUGACCAGAGGGGUCCAGACGAUCAUUCUUUACCCCUACACUUCCUAUAUUUUUUAUGAUAACAUCGCCCUGCUGAAGCUGAGCAGCCCUGUGAACUUCACUGACUACAUCCAGCCCAUCUGUUUGGCCGAUGUCAACAGCUCCUUCCACAACUGCACCAGCUGCUGGGUCACUGGCUGGGCCAACAUGACAGACAACACGGCCUUGUCAGGGAACAAGACCCUACAGCAGGUCCAGCUGCCCAUCAUUGAGAACACAGACUGUGUUGAUCAGAUAUACAAAAUCUACAAUUUUCCAUAUGUAACAGACAAAAUGAUCUGUGCUGGUGUGAUUCAGAACAACAUCUCAUCUUGCAUGGUAACUGAAGUAGUUGUUUCUUUCCAACACCUGACACUAAACUACACAAACAAAAUAAAUAAAAAAACAAAGCCUUAUGAUAUUAUAUAACUAUACUAUACAUUAAAGGGAAUAUACAGGGAAUUAGAUGAUCUUGACUGUGUGUUUGUAUUUACCCAUCUCUCUCAGAGCAGUGUUAAUGUACUGGAGUGUCCAGCCAGUGUUUCUGUAUUAACCCCUCUCUCUCAGUGCAGUUUUAAUGUACUAGAGUGUCCAGUCAUUGUGUCUGUAUUAUCCCCUCUCUCUCUCUCAGUGCAGUGUUAAUGUACUGGAGUGUACAGUCAGUGUGUCUGUAUUAACCUCUCUCUUUUUCUGCAUUAAUUCC